AUGGCACCUAAAUCAACUUCGAGAUUUAUCAUUUUCGCGGUGGUUUUCUCGUUGAUAUGGUGGACUUUCCUCUGGCCGUCGACCAACACGGCCGGUCUUCACGAGAUUGCGGGCGUCGCGCUUCCGCCUCUCGACUUUUUAACAGCCACAUCGGAUCGAAAACAGAAGCACGCGCAACAUUAUGCGUCUCAGGAAGCGCGUCAGUUUUGUGCGGCGCAUGGCUAUACCACUUAUACACCUAAAUGUACAUCCGGCGAGCGCAAAGUCUAUGACCUAAUGAUGGUCAACACCGAGCUUGAUUUUCUCGAAAUUCGACUCCAUGCGCUAUACGACUACGUUGACUACUUCGUCAUUGUCGAAUCUCCAAAGUCAUUUCAGGGCGACUCAAAGACGCUCGUGAUUGCAGAUAACUGGGAUAGAUUUCGCCGCUACCACGAUAAAAUGAUAUACCACGAAUUAACGUUCCCAAAGUCGUUUAACCCUAAAAGGGCAUGGGACUACGAGGAUCUACAACGAGACGCAAUGUUUAAUCAAGCUAUGAAGUCAUUGACUGGGCCGAAAGCGCCCAUAGAAGGCGACGUUAUUGUUGUCUCCGACGUCGACGAGAUUCCCCGACCCGAGUCGCUGCUCGUUCUUCGCACCUGCAAUUUCCCGCGACGUCUUACGCUCUCCUCCAAGUUCUAUUACUAUUCGUUCCAGUUCUUGCAUACGGGACCGGAAUGGCAGCAUCCGCAGGCGACAUUCUACCAAGGAUGGCGCACCAUCAAGCCUACCAACCUGCGCAACGGCGACGGUGGUCUGCCCUGGUUCCGCAACCAGGAAAAGGGCGUCCUUAAAAAUGCUGCGUGGCACUGCAGCAGCUGUUUUUCUACCAUUGAGCAAUUCCUCAACAAGAUUGCCAGCUUCUCCCACGGCUGGAUGAAUGACGAAGAAUACAGAGAUAAGGAUAGAAUCGCCGACGCGAUACGACACGGCAGGGAUGUUUGGGACAGAGAUCAGGAUCAGUUCUACAAGGUUGAGAACAAUAAAGACAUGCCGCCGCUGGUGCUCCAAGAAACGGAGCGGUUCGGCUACCUGACGAAUCGGGAUGGGCCAUCGGCAGGGUUCAAGGAUUAUCCUUGA